GUCAACCAACUUGGUUUUUAGACAGUCCAUUAGACUAGUUCCCAUUUUGAACAUGGAGACCAAUUUAGUAAAGAAGAUGCCGCGAACAGCAAAUAUUGCAAAUUGUGUACUACAACAAUGAUGGAUUAAAAAUGAUUCGAAUAGCUGCCUUGAACGACAGUAGUAGCGAAUGUGAUGGUGGUGAUGUCAGAGCUAAGGCUGUUGGAACAAGGGAGGCUGAGGAAUCUGAAGCUUACACCUUGUAUAACAAAGCCCUGGGACUUCAAAGACAAGACAUCCAAAAAGCAGAGGAGGCAUUUGAACAACUUCUGAGUCAUGGGUUCAUUAGAGAGGCAGCCAAACUUGUUGAGACCGAAACAGUGGGGAUUAUACACCCAGGGCUUCAGCUUCUGUACUCCAUCUACAAAAACCUGGCUGCCAUGUCCUUACAAAAGGGGGACCACGAGGAGGCUAUGGAGUGGUACAUAGAGGCAGUGAAAGUCGAUGAAUCAGAGACAACUGUUUGGUACAAGAUAGGUACCAUAGCUCUGAAACUUCAUAACUAUCAGCUCGCCAGACUGGGGUUUGAACAGGGACUACAAUGCAAUCCAAACCACUGGCCUUGCCUGGACAAUAUUGUUACAGUUCUGUACACCAUCAAUGAUUACUGGUAUUGUCUGUACUACAUAUCCAAAGCGUUAAAGAAAGACUACUUGUACCCUAAAGGCAUAGUUUUCCGGAAUCAGAUUUUUAAGGAACAACCAUCUCUUAAAGAGGCUACAAAGGAAAUGUUUAAUGAAUGUAAUCCAUUGAUUGACAAAGAAAAUGUAGAUCAAGAAGAAAUGGAUGAGUUUAUCAAUGAAGCGUUGGCGAUGAGACAGAAAAGAAGGGAAUUGGCCAAGACCCCUCCUAUGAAACCAAAUAAACUUCCCGUUCCAAUUAAGUCAUACACGUGGCUGUCCUUGGGUGAGAGUUUAAUAGCAUUAUAUGAUACGAUCAAGAAAUCAAACCCACCCAUGAGUAUGGGAAUCAGGGUGGACUUGAGUGACUACGCAGUGGAUAAAGACAAAAACACUGACGCUCAAAAUGAAGAAAAACAAAAUCUGACUGCGAGCUCCAUGUCUUCUACGGAAGUUCCACCGGUGGAGGAUAAAGCAGGUGUCUCAAAAGCCGAGGAAAUGGAAGUUGAUCUCACUCCAGCUACAGAGCCAGCAACAGAUGUCAUUCCUGUUAGUGUCGUUAGUACUGUGGGUACUGAUACUAUGUCGGACACUGCAACUUCUGUGACUAACACUAGUACCAGUGAUACUGCGGUGGGGACCGUGGUGUCGUCUAGUGACAGUGUUGUUACUGUCAGUGGUAAUGAGACUACUGCUGCUUCAGAGACUGUAAUUUCUGUUUCCUCUGUCACUGUGAUCUCUGAACGAGAAAUCUUCACCAGUAUAUCUCCCGUGACCUCCGGACCUUCAACUCCAGAUGUGUCGACUUCAUUUGCACUUUUGUCAUCCAUUCCUAUUUCAGUAACCUCAGUUUUACAAGAUCUCCCCAGCUCUGAAACAAGUGACACCGAGGGCAAGGUCAAAGGGCAAAAGAGAAAGAGGACAUCCAAUUUUGAGAACCCAUAUUAUGAGAAGAGAAGAUCAGCCAGGGUGAGGAACACUUUCACACGAAGGGAAGAAGAGAGAGUUAACUUCAGAGAAAUCCUCGAGACUUUCAUACCAUCCAGUCUCAGAUCUGGAGUUGACGAAGAGGAAAUGGAGUCCUUGGAUCUUGUCUCUGAAAAAGAGGAAUCUGUAUUUUCUAAACCCAACAAAACAGAUGAUGGGAAAGGAUUGGAUGCGAAGCUACUAUCAGCUACAGAAGGAGCUGAUGUGAGAGAUUUCCUCGUCAGGGAGCAGAAGAAUGGUGGCAUGCUAAUGUUAAUGUUGCACUUCCUGGAGGCCCUGUGUGACCGGUCGGAGCUGGUCUGGCCCCAAGAGCUGACCUCUGUCUAUGUUAGGGUGUACAUACGAAGGAGGAGACACACAGACCUGCCAUGUCUGCUCAGUAAUGAUGAACCAGCGGAGGAUAUUCGAUCUUUUGGAAAGAUGGUGUUGUUGAAGUUGGAAUUCCAGUUUGAUCAGUGGUUAACAAAACAUCUCAAAAGUGGAGCUUCACCCAAAGGGAAGAGUCCAAAAUCAGCUCUUCCAUCAGACAUGCCGAAGUUCUGGGAGGAAGACAUGGACUAUAUAUUUGGAUUGCAGGGACAGUCUGAAGUUCUGGGGUCACUGUGGCUACAGAAUUGUGUCAGAGCUUACUGGCUGCAGGCAAGGUUGUGUCUGCUACAAGGAGAAAUUCAGUAUGCCUCAUGCAGCUUUCACAAGGCAAAAGAAUUUUUGAGGUGGAGAAUUGAAGAUGAAAAUGUCUCUGAGAUGCACCUGCAGAACUGUCAAAGUGACAACUGGAUUUCAUUAGAGAGCAUUGAGAGGCACCAGGACUCCUUAGAGAGGAGUCAGUCUAUGGAUGAAAUGCAAAAGUUGUAUGAGGCCAAAGAAUUUGAUAAAGUUGUGGAACUUCUAUUAAAAGCUGUGACCCAGCCCACUCAGAAACCCAUGAGAAAAAAUUCUGACUCUGUUAUACCAACAAGGAUUGAACAACUUUGUCUGCUAAAUGACUGUCUGUUUAAAAUGGGAGAUGUGCAGAGAUCCAUGCAGUGGGGUGAAAUAGCCUUCCAUGAAACCUUCCUAGGGUACAAGAAAGCUACAACAAGCCCCCAGAAGGAAGAGUGGUCAGCUGUUCUCAACCAGAUCUGGACAUCCUUUCUAAAAAAUCUGGAGAAGCCAGAGAGUUUGCGGGAGCUGACUGUGCCUCGUAAGAUUCGCCUGACCUCAGAUCUGAUGUCUGUCAUAGAUAUCAUGAUGUCGGUGCCGGAGAAGGCCACAGACAUGCCAAUAGGAAGUGUGUUGCCAUGGAUGAUUCUCUACUCUGUCAUCAGCUUUGAAGAAGAGAAAGAAGAACAAGAAUCCCAGGCCCCAAGCACAAACGACAGCCUGCCCUCAUCACUGAUGCUGCUCAGUGUGUCCCAUGAGUAUUUAGGAAGCCACUCAUGGUGCACCAAGUCAAAUGGGAAAUUCCUGAUAUUUUUCCUGGAAAUCUUGCAAAAGAAGAUGAGGGACAGUUGUAAGUAUACGGACGACCUGAGGCAGAUGUAUGAGCAGUGUGUUUACUGUCUGUAUGGUCAUCCAAACAAGAAGGGCAAAGCCAGGCACCUGCAGGAUCACAAUGUGCCCCCCAUCUCCCUCACCCUGAAUCAGGCCAUCCAGCUAUUUGAAUACUUCAAGCCGAAGAAUUUGCCAGAGUUUGACAGUUUUAAAACAGACACAGUGUCAGCCGAGGUGGAAACUCUUUUGAGAAGAAUUGUUCAAUUUAUACCUGAAAAGGAAAAACCAGCCAACAGAUUGGACAAGGUACAGGACUUUAUUGAUGGCAUCAGCAGCGUGGCUCCCUCUACAGCCGAAGGAAUUGAAUUUUUGCCAAUAACACAAGAAGUAUAUUACCUACUGGCUGACUAUUACUUUAAGAACAACGAACAUCCGAAGGCCAUCAAGUUUUACAUGCACGAUAUCUGUGUUUGUCCACAACGACUAGACUCCUGGGCAGGUCUCGCUCUGGCAAGAAUGUCUCAGCUGGAGCAGAAACUCAACUCUACUGAUCUUAAAUUGGACGUGUCACUACAGAAACGUUCUCGAGCAGCACUGCGGUGUUUUGAGAGGGCGGUAGACAUUGAGGAUGCGUAUGGCAAACUCUGGAUGGAGUACGGCUCGCUGUCCUACCAGCUUCAUGCUCAUUCCUCCAAGCAACUCAACUUUAAUCAGGAGAAAAAACUUGAAUGUGAUGAGGAUUUUCUGCAGCCUGAUCUGCAGCAGUUAGCCUCCAGCUUUAAGGUGGAGAUGUUGGAGUUGGCCUACAUGUGUUAUAAGAGUGCGUCACAGUGUGUGGACGAGGAAAGCGAGGAAUGGCUGACGGACUACAUGAUGGGGAAGUGUCUGGAGAAGAUGCACAAGUCUCCUAAGGAAUACCUAGAUUACUAUAGACAGGCUGCAUUUGCACUACAUGAAGAAAAUGCCACAUACCCGAAAAAAAUUACCUAUGCCUACACAGCUCACACAUCUCCCAGGUUAGCUGUGGAGGCACUGGAGAUGUUUUACCGUCUUCAUGUCUCCAUACUAAAGCUGUUGAUGAAGGGCUCCCACUCAGAGGAGUACCAUUUGUUCGCUGACUAUAUAGACGAGGCAGCUAAUUCUCCAUUUGCCAAAGGAUGUGAGAAAAAAGACGAAGAGUCUGGAAAUGUGUCCAUGGACUACGAUGACACAAAGCAGGACAAGACAACGACCAACCAACAAGACCACACGUACUCAAAACUCAAAGAAUCAACCAACAUGAUGGAGAAUGUUGACAAAAGUAAGGUCAGUGUGGAUUCUGCUGACAGUAUGGAUGAGAAGAACGAGGACUCGGCCAACAACAGCAUGGACAGCAGCGAGUAUUUCCCAAGUGCCGAGCCUUCCGAAUCCUCACAGGAUGUUGCAGGCGCCAUGGAAACAGAAGACAGUAUGCAGAUAUUUUCUACCAAUCCAUUUAGGCAUCAUGAAUCCUGUCAGCUGCCACAAACAAUGGAAUUAUCAGCUGAGGAGCUGGACUCGGGUGACAAAGUACCAAAUUUGGAAGAAAGUGCAUCUAAAGAUUUAGACAACAGAGACCCUUUGUCCAAACAAAAGUCUUUGGGGUUUGUUCCUUCAGAAAUGGUGGAUGAGUCAAAGUCACAUUCUACAUGUAAUUUAAAUGUGAUGAAUGCUUCAGAGGUCGUGAAGAAUAACAUGGAUGUCAUCGAAAUUUUCUCCUCUCCUGAACCUGUAGACCCUAGUGUGCGACCUAAGUUUUUCCUACCCAAUGAUCAGCCCAAUGUUGUAUCCGAAAAAUCCGUUAUGGAAAUUGUGACGUCAUGCUCUGUACAGAGUGCAGAGAACAAAGAUUCUGUUAUGUCAGGUGAAAAAGCAGCAGGUGCUGUGCUGGACACAAAAACACUGGGUGAUAUUCAAACCCGAGACAGUCGGAAAGACCCUGAGGAGAAAAUAGGCAGCGUAAAGCAUACUGAGGAUAAAUCACUGGCUGUAGUAGAAGGAAAUGAAAAUGAAGAAAAACCAUCAGGGGGAUUAAUGGAAGAAGAGACAUUGAAGGCAAGUGCGGAGAUUCUUAGUUCUCUUUCUGAUAAAACCAGCGUUGUAGAGGAAUCACCAAAGACAACGUGUGUCGAGAUUGAAUCUCCGUUUACAAGACCUGAUCAAGGGCAGACCCAAAGUGGAGGUCCGUGUCGGGAUGUUGGAGUUAAAAUAGAGACCAGCAACGUUGAACUUCUACACAAAGGAGGGGGUGAUCAUGCAGAGAAACAGGUCAGCACAAAGGACGAGUCUAGUAAACCUGUAGAGAAAGAGACAAAAUCUGUGGGACAGGUUGCCACGAAAGUCGAGUCUAAUAAAUCUGUAGAAAAAGAAAUGAAAUCUGUACAACAGCUCACCACAAAAGUCGAGCCUAGUAAGCCUGUAGAGAAAGAGACAAAAUCUGUAGAACAGCUCCCAACAAAAGUCGAGUCUAGUAAACCUGUAGAAAAAGAGACGAAAUCUGUACAACAGCUCACAACGAAAGACGACUCUAUUAAACCUGCAGAAAAAGAGACCAAAUCUGUAGAUCAGCUCACAAAGAAAGAAGAGUCUAGUAAACCUGUAGAGAAAGAGACAAAAUCGGUGGAAAAAGAGACAAAAUCGGUGGAAAAAGAGACAAAAUCGGUGGAACAGGUCACAACAAAAGACGAGUCCAGUAAGCCUGUAGAAAAGGAGACAAAGCCUAGACUGGAGGGGACUGCCCUUCGUAAGGAUUUGAUAGAGAAGUGCAUGGCUGCAUUACACCUGUGUUUGUCCAGGUUUCCCACACACUACAAAUCCACGUACAGACUGGCCUAUGUGUAUUUCUAUUCACCAUAUCAUAAGAACCUCCAGUAUGCUCGAGAUCUUUUGCUGGGGAAUCCCCAGUGGCAGACUCUGAGCUACAUGCCAGCACAGGGACUGUUCAGUGAGAAGAAAGUUAACAACUUCUUUCAGGGUACGUGGAGACUCCCCAUCAGCGAGGUGGAGAGAGCUGGCAGUUUUGCUACACACCUCAACAGAGCUGUCCUCCUGCUACUGAAGGUUCUGUUGGAGCAGACGGAUGUUCCGAUGCUGUACCAUCUCCACUUACAGUUCAACAGGACACCUGAUGCAGAAAAGAGAUACUUGCGUGACUCGGAACGACUGCAUUAUUCACGACUGGCUCUAGAUUACUGUCUCUGUGCCGUAAAGAAUCGGCUUCCAGAAAUCAGAGAAUUACAGGACUCCCAAAAAUCCAUUCAACUGUUGAUGGAGACUUAUAAGGUUUACAACUAUGGAAUCUCCAAACAGAAGACAACGGCUGGACCCCGAAUCAGUAACCUGUUAGCAGCGACUUACAAGGCAGUCAUGAAGGAGGAGGUUUCUACAGACAAGCCAUUGCUUGAACAAGCCAUAAAAAUGUGUCAGCUUUACCAACAGCAAAACACAAUACAGAGACAGGGAACUGUUCGGACAAAUGUGGACACCAGUCAAUCUGAUUCCUCCAUAUUUUCUCCAGAUCGUGCUCUAAGCAAUCCUUUCAGGUCUUCAGGAACACCCCAAUCUCCUAUUAAAAUGUUUCAUAACAAUACCUCACCUAUCCCACAAAUAAAAAGUCAGCAGUCCCUCAUCACCUCUUUACAAGUACCAACCAGUAAAGUACAGACACCUCAAUCACCCGUCAGAAUGUCAACUUCAUCAACACCAAGACCUCAACAGCAAGUGCCAACCAAUAAGCCACAAGCACCUCAAUCACCUGUUAAAAUGUCAACCUCAUUGGCACCAAGACCUCAACAGCAAGUGCCACCAAAUAAGCCACACGCACCUCUAUCACUUGUUAAAAUGUCAACCUCACUGGCACCAAGACCUCAACAGCAAGUGCCACCCAAUAAGCCACAAGCACCUCAAUCACCUGUUAAAAUGUCAACUUCACUGGCACCAAGACCUCAACAGCAAGUGCCACCCAAUAAGCCACAAGCACCUCAAUCACCUGUUAAAAUGUCAACUUCACUGGCACCAAGACCUCAACAGCAAGUGCCACCCAAUAAGCCACAAGCAUCUCAAUCACCUGUUAAAAUGUCAACUUCACUGGCACCAAGACCUCAACAGCCAGUCAUACAGCUCACCAAACUACAAAUGCAUGUAGCACCUCAAAAUCUGCCCGAACUGACAAAAAAAACUCCACCAAAAGAGGAACCUCGGGGUACAGCUUCGAAAAGUGAACAAAGCAGGUCCAGUGAUAAUUUGUCAAUUAGUCCAAAACCAUCAACUUCCGGAAUAUCUGCUAUUUCACUGAUAUCCUCCUUGAUUGAGGAUGGUAUCAGUAAAGCUAACAAACAGAAAAUGGAGAAAGAAAGAACUGAAAGUGCGAGUGAUGAACCACCGGGUCCAGUAAAGACCCCACCUACUCCCAGAAUUUACAAAGCGUCAUCACCAGGGCCCACUGCUGGAGCAAAAAGACCAGCUCUCCAGCUGCAUCAUCCCAAGAAAAAAGCUCUUCUGCUUGAAGAUGUGAUUGAAAUUAUAUCAUCUGAUGAGGGAGAAGACAUGGAAGAGGCUGUAAAACUUUCAACCAAUAGCAAGCCUUCUUUUUCAAAGGGAUUAGAAACAAACCAGCAACUGUUUACGAAGGACAGUGAGGAAAUAGUCGAAAAAAGAACUGGCCAAGAACAGAAGAUGGAAAUAAAUGUAAAAACAUCUAGUGCUACUUUGAAAACUGAUAUAGAUGAAAGUGAAGAUCUAAAUGAUCCAAAUUCUAGUAUGGUAUGUGGGGAAGGUGAUUCAAAGAUUGAAGCAGAUAAAGAGUCUGGUCCUGGGAAGGAUGAGAUGUCAGAGAAGGAGCUCCCCUAUCUAGAUCCAUCCACAGGGUUGUUUGUGACAGAUUCCGACAGCCAGAAUAGUGUAUACGUAGCCAACCCGGAGAAUAUCUCAUUUGAGGAUGAACUGAUGGUGGAAGAUUGCUAAGUGUGUAAUGGUGACUGAGUGGAUGCUUGUGUGGCCUGUUGAGAAUCUGGCUGUUGGUAAACAUUCUGUUUAACAACAGUCUGUAGUUGAUGGUAAUGGUGAUCAGAUGUAGAAGACAAUAAAUGUAUCUUGAGAGGAAGAUGUGUGAAUUAUCAAUGAUGGAUUUGAAUUUUGAAAAGAAUUGUUCAAGUGGAUGAAUGGUCAUGUGGAUGUUAGAAAAUUUUGCAGCAUUGUGGAAAUCAUGGAUUUUAUGUAUGUACAACAGAAAUAGAAUGUUUGUUUUUACAUUCAUUCUAUUGGUACAUUAAAAGUUUGAAAUAGA